CAAGUCUUGUUUGCUUUUCUUGAAGUUUUAGCUGCAUUUUUUUUUCAAAGAUUGAAACUUUAUGCAGUGAAAAAUGAAGUCUUGGUAGUCUGGUGAUGUUUACUUAACUUUCUCUUUAGAAUCUAGGGUUGUUUUGUUUUCUGUUGUUUAAGCUACUUUUUCCUCUGGUUUUUGGUACCAUUUUGUGCUCAUAGGAUUAUGAAUGUUCCUGUGAAAGUUAUAAUUUUGUGCUUAUCAUAACAUUUUGCCUUGUGGGGUUUUGAAAGCCUUGAUUUUUUGUGGUUAUCAUAAGAUUUUGCCUUGUGGGGUUUUGAAAGUUUUGAUUUUUUGUGGUUAUCAUAAGAUUUUGCCUUGUGUGGUUUUCAAGAUUUUGAAUUUUUGUUGAUCAUUUAGAUGGAUUCUGGUAGUUUAUAUUCAAAUAUGGGUCCUGGUAUGUUAGGAUUAGAAAUGUCAUUGCAUCAUCAAAUCCCUCAACAGAACACUCACCAUCACUUGCAUCAACAACCUCCACCUCACCCCCAGCCCCCACCCCACCACCCCAUGGUUUCAUUUGCACAUCAAGAAAAUGCUGAUAACCAACAACAAACAUUGAGGCAAGUGUUUCCAUUUGGUAACAACAAGGCUAAAAAUCAAAGCUUGAAUUUUAGUGAUGAUGAUGAACCUGUUCCUGGUGUUAGUGCUGACAAUAAUAGUACAGAUGAUGGAAAAAGGAAUGGUAAUAAAACUUGCCCUUGGCAAAGAAUGAAGUGGACUGAUAACAUGGUGAGGUUGUUGAUUAUGGUGGUUUAUUAUAUUGGUGAUGAAGUUGGUUCUGAAGGGAAUAACAAUAAUGAUUCUAGUGGAAAAAAGAAAGGUGGUAGUGGUAGUGGUGGGGGUGGGGGUGGAGGUGGGGUUGUAGGGGUUUUGCAAAAAAAGGGGAAAUGGAAAUCAGUUUCUAGAGCAAUGAUGGAAAGGGGUUUUUAUGUGUCUCCACAACAAUGUGAAGACAAAUUCAAUGACUUGAAUAAGAGGUACAAGAGGGUUAAUGACAUUCUUGGUAAAGGUACUUCUUGUAGAGUUGUGGAGAAUCAAAAGUUGCUUGAAACAAUGGAUCAUUUAUCACCAAAGAUGAAAGAAGAAGUGAAGAAGUUGUUGAAUUCUAAGCACUUGUUUUUUAGAGAAAUGUGUGCUUAUCAUAAUAGUUGUGGUCAUAAUGGUGGUAGUGGUGGUGGUGCUAGUGGGAGUGGAGUUGCUAAUCCACAAACUCAUCAAAACCAAUCAGAGCAGCAACAAAGGUGUUUGCAUUCAUCAGAAAAUACAAAUGCAAGAAUUGGUGCUAGUUUAGUAGAAGGGCCUAAAAUGCCAAAAGGGGCAAGUGGGGAAAAUGAUGAGGAGAACGAGGACGAGGAGGAUGAGGAUGAAGAUGAGGAGGACGACGAUGAUGAGGUGUCUGGUGCUAGAGGACACGACCACGACCAUCAGUGCCACGGAGAGGAGGACGAUGACAUGAAUGAAAGAUCGAGAAAGAGGCAAAGAAAGUUGGGAACUUCAUCACCAAUUGUACAACAAUUGAGUACUGAAUUGGCUAAUGUUGUUCAAGAUAGAGGGAGGAGUCCACUUGAGAAGAUGCAAUGGAUGAAAACUAAAAUGAUACAAUUGGAAGAACAACAUGUUAGCUAUUUGUGCCAAGCAUUUGAACUCCAAAAGCAAAGAUUGAAAUGGAAGAAAUUUAUAAGCAAGAAGGAGAGGGAAAUGGAAAGGGAUAAACUAAUCAAUGAGAGGAAAAAAUUGGAGAAUGAAAGAAUGGUACUUUUGUUGAAGCAAAAAGAGCUUGAACUUCUUGAUUAUCAUCAACACCAUCCAAACAAUAACAAUAGGAAUAGUGACCCUUCUUCUGUUACUGGAUGAUGAAAAUAUUGUACAAUACUAUCAGGAACUAAGCUAAUAGAUCAGAUAUAUUAUGUAAAUAUAUAGUAUGUAUAUAUGUUUUU